AUGGUUCAGUCAAUGAGAGCGGAGAACAGACAAGAUAUCAUGUGUGGCAACUCGAGCCAUAGCAGAUCAAUGACGGAGCCUGAAGGCAAGCCCAACGGGAGGCGUCGAACGCAGGUGGCGUGUCAAAGAUGUCGGCAGCGCAAAAUCAAGUGCAGUGGAGAUACCGGCGACGGCCAUGGGUGUACAAAUUGUCGAACCUCAGGGACACGCACCUGCAUGUUUUUAAGAGUCAAUUCAUCUGUAUUGCAUGCACCAUACGUUACUUUGCCAUUCCCUGCUUUCGGCUCCAAUGGAGCUCUUUCGACUGGAGGAUUGCACCAGGGUAGUUACGACCAGCAUGCACUCUCGCGACCAAGUUCAGCUGCUCUACAUUCCACUUCUACAAGCUGCGCUCCUUAUUCCUUAUUUCACCACAGCUUUGACUACGGGGCAAACAAUGGAUCAAAUUUUGCCCAUCGUCCACCGUAUGUGUCCGGCUAUUCUUUAGGCUAUGAUAAUGACACGGCCUAUCAAGCGCAACAACAGCAAUCCAAUAUGCUUACUAACGGUGAUGUUGCGGGUGGUAAUGCUUCUGGAAGCACGGCCGGGUCAAAACCGUGGUAUGAAUCUUGUCAAGCCAAAUCUUUACCAGGAAUGUUUACGGAUCCCGAUAUGAACAACUCUAUAACGGGCCCAGGCUAUCCUUUUAUACUCCAACAGCCCCAUACGCCAGCUCCAACUGAUAAUGUAUCCACGUUCCCUCUGUUAAGUUCACAACCAGCUGGCAUAACAUCAUCCGACAGAAUAUUACCAAAUCCUGUUGGCCACCGGAAUAGCACAUUCUCACCCGUCACAGCUGUUUCGGAAAGUUCGGCAAACGCGUCUGCCGCUCCAGGCCAAAUAUCAAAUUACAAGUCUUCCUGGGCCUUCGAUAAACACUUUGUAAACGACUUCCAUGUCCCACGCGCAGAUUCGAGCGCUAUGAGUUCUACAACAUCGUCAGGCAGGUCCAGGCUAUCACCUUCAAGUCCCUCUGAUAUUGGUUUCGGAUACAUGCCAAUAUCCAGCAAUCAGUCAACACCAGCUCUUAUCUCGCCUUCAUCCACUUUGCCUGAAAUAUUAAGUUUCUCGGACAGAUACCAUUCAGCCGACGAAUCCCGACGUCCAAAGGCCUCUCACCGGGAGAGCUUUCCAGAGACGUACACAUCUGAGAUGUAUGGUUAUAGCAGAGGAAGACACUCCAGAGGUACUUUGAUAAGUGGCCAUGUUUACGUACGAAAUCCGGCAGACAGCGAGCCCCUUUCAAUCCACCGGCCGGAUUCGAUACCGCGCCCAGCGCCUCUAUCGCCCCUUACUCACGCUGAGGGAAUUUGA